GGGGAAGGCAAUUGACAUGAAGGAGAGGUCAGUUGGGAGUUAGGCAGUGAUUGUGACAAUGGAGUUUGAUAAAACUAGUGAUAAUUAUGAGGUUGGUAUCACUUAAACAUCUCCUAAUCCUGGUUCAUUCUUUCUGGUUUGCUCAUAAAACUAUUGGCACAAAUGGUACUAUACUACUAUAUAUACCACAUUCUGAAUGCAGCUCAUGGUGAUUCUCUGAUCAUUGCAUACUGUGUGUAUGAGAAAAUGGCAGGAGGUGCGGAUCUAACAGGACCUAAUGUUGUGUCUAAAACUUCAGUCGACCGAAGCCAAGAUGCGGAUAAAGGUAAUAAUCACCACAGGGCUGGCAUUGAUGCAUUGCUUAUGGCACCAAAAAUACCAAAGCCAGUGCAACCGGUUUCUUCAGCAUCCGAGGGGGAGACAAUCCGGCGACCUCGUGGCAGGCCUGCGGGUUCUAAAAACAAGCCAAAGCCACCUAUCAUUGUCACCCGCGAUAGUGCUAAUGCGCUUCGUGCGCAUGCUAUGGAAGUGAGUUCAGGCUGUGAUGUGAGUGAAAGUUUAACCAACUUUGCAAGGAGGAAACAAAGAGGUAUUUGCAUACUGAGUGGAAGUGGUUGUGUAACCAAUGUCACACUGCGGCAACCAGCUUCCUCCGGAGCCAUUGUGACCCUCCACGGCCGUUUUGAGAUUCUCUCAUUGCUCGGAUCAAUCUUGCCUCCUCCAGCCCCUCCUGGGAUUACAGGUCUAACUAUCUACUUAGCUGGGGCUCAGGGGCAGGUUGUAGGUGGGGGUGUGGUAGGUGCACUCAUUGCUUCGGGGCCUGUUGUGAUCAUGGCUGCAUCAUUCAUGAAUGCAACGUUUGAUCGUCUUCCACUGGAUGAAGAUGAAGUAGCUGCAGCUUUGCAAAACCAACAAUACCAAAAUGGUCGACACCACCACCUGGAUAUGUCAGAUUUAUAUGGACUUCCACCAAAUCUGCUCACUAAUGGUAAUGUGCCCCCUGAGGUUUACUCCUGGGCAUCUGGCCGAACUAUGUCAAAGACUUAAAACAUGAUUGCAGCAACAUGUCACCAUUAGUAUCUGGCAUUACUAUUCUUCAUAUGUAUCGUUACUUGUAAUUUUAACAAGAGUUUGUAUCUUCAUCACAUACCCCCUUUAAAUGCUGGUUUUUCCUGUUAAUGUUACCUUAAUUAAGUAUAUGCAUCAUGUAAGGAGGACAAGAGUGGCUUCUAAUAAUUUCCAUAAUUUAAUAGGCAGCAAGUUCAUCAUAGCCUAUUGCAUUUCUUUGUAACAUAAAUCCCAAUCCAUUCAAUAGUGAAUAAAUCUCUGGGGCUUUCUGAUGCAGCCUUCCACCAGCUAUAAACUCAUGAACCUCUCCAUCCACUUCGAUCAAACUACAUCCCGGUUCUUUCUCAAUCUUCUGCUCUCUCAUUGAAAGCCUUUCCUGCAUUGCUUCCUCAAAUUGACUAGAGGCAGCAUAAACAUUUGACAUUAACACAUAACCACAACUGUCACUUGGAUCCAACUCAGUAACAUGCUUUGCUGCCCGCUUAGCCAUCUCAAUGUCUCUGUGCUUCCUACAAGAUGACAGCAAAGAACCCCAAAUAAUUGCGUCGGCUUCUAUUGGCAUACCAUCUAUGAGCUUCUCAGCUUC